AGCUGAUGGUGGUGGUGGUGGUGGUGGUAGUUGACUGGCGGCCUUAGCUCAUUGCGUGGCGGUGGCGGUCACGGUGUUUUGCUCUACCUUCCACCUUCCGACGCUAUGACUCUUACAUGCUUUACCAAGGCCACCACGCCUUUUGAGGGCCAGAAGCCGGGAACGAGCGGCCUCAGGAAAGCUGUCAAGGUGUUUGAGAAGGAACAUUACACAGAAAACUUUGUGCAAUGUAUUCUGAGUGCCAUGAGUGGGAGCCUGACGGGCAGCACACUGGUGGUGGGUGGAGACGGCCGUUACUUUGGUAAGAAGGCUGUCGACAUCAUUAUCAAGAUGUGUGCAGCCAAUGGGGUGCGAAAGCUAUUGGUGGGUCAAAAUGGCAUCCUUUCCACUCCGUGUGUCUCUUGCAUCAUUCGCAAGCACCAGACAGCAGGUGGCAUUGUACUCACUGCCAGCCACAACCCUGGAGGACCUGAUGCUGACUUUGGCAUCAAGUUUAAUAUUGCCAAUGGAGGUCCAGCCCCAGAUGGCGUCACCAACAAAAUAUACGAGAUCAGCAAGAACAUUGUGGAGUACAAGAUUUGUCCUGAGCUACACUGUGACAUUAAUAAAAUAGGAACACAAGAAUUUACAGUUGACCACCGACCCUUCACCGUAGAAGUUGUGGACUCCGUUGCAGAUUAUGUUGCAUACAUGAAAGAGAUCUUUGACUUUUCUGCAAUCAAGAAUCUCCUCCAUGGAGCAAAAGGUCCGCCCUUGAAGAUUCUCAUCAAUGCUAUGCAUGGAGUGACUGGUCCCUAUGUGCGACGCAUCUUCCUGGAGGAGCUCGGUGCCAGUCCAGACUCUGCUGUUAACAUUGUUCCUCUGGAGGACUUUGGAGGUCACCAUCCUGAUCCCAACUUGACCUAUGCUGCUGAUCUUGUUAAGGCAAUGAAAGAAGGAGAUUUUGGUUUUGGCGCUGCCUUUGAUGGAGAUGGGGACCGAAACAUGGUCCUGGGCCACAAGGCAUUCUUUGUCACCCCCUCAGACUCGGUGGCAGUUAUUGCUGACAACACAGACUACAUCCCAUACUUCAAAAAGCACGGAGUGAAGGGUCUGGCCCGCAGUAUGCCCACUGGAUGUGCUAUUGACAGAGUUGCACAAAAAAAAGGAGUUGAAGUUUUUGAGGUCCCUACGGGCUGGAAAUACUUUGGUAACUUGAUGGAUGCUGGAUGCCUGUCAAUCUGUGGUGAAGAGAGCUUUGGGACAGGAAGUAACCACAUUCGGGAGAAGGACGGGAUCUGGGCAGUUCUGGCCUGGCUGUCCAUUCUGGCUGGCCGAAACAUGUCUGUGGAGCAAGUCCUGCUGAACCACUGGAGCACCUAUGGCAGGAACUUCUUCACCAGGUAUGAUUAUGAGAACUGUGAAAGUGCUCCCUGUAACAAGAUGAUGGCUGCCUUGGAUACCAUGAGUGACAAUGCUUCCAUGGUGGGGAAGGAACUCUCACAAAGUGGCAAGACUUACACUGUUGCCAAGAUUGACAACUUUGCAUAUACAGAUCCCAUUGAUGGCUCAGUUGCCAAGAAACAGGGUGUGCGUGUGCUUAUGUCUGAUGGCUCACGCAUUGUGUUCCGGCUGAGUGGUACUGGAAGCUCUGGGGCAACUGUGCGCAUGUAUGUUGAGAGCUACGAGUCUGACCCCUCUACUUUCACUAAGGAUGCUCAGGAUGUUCUGAAGCCUUUGGUGGAGAUUGCUCUAAGCUUGGCCAAACUGAAGGAGUAUACAGGCCGUGACAAGCCCACUGUCAUCACUUAGACUUGCACACACAUUGGUGCACUGGGAAUUUGGGCACCAGCCAGUAUGUGUCCAGUGUGUCUACAUGCACAUUGGAAGCUUUAACUCCUUCAGAUACUUUUUUCCCCUCAUUAAAAAAAGAUUCUUCUUUGGCAAUAACUAAAGCUGUAAAGAAUGCUUACAGUUUCUAAUUUUUGAUGACAUUUUGUACCAUUCUUUUGUGUUUACAUGCUCCUAGGUAAGGAUUCUAGUUUCAUAAUAAUUUCAAUUUCAUUUUAGUGAUCUUCAACAUUAUUAACUGCAACUUAGUCUAUCAAAUUAUCCAAACAGAAAUAUUGAAAAAUAACCAGAUUCUCUUUUGUUAAAUAUUCUUAAGUUCUGUAAAUGCAUACUUGUUUUCACCAAGUUUCUUGUUGAAGGAAAAAGAAAAGUUUCUUCCAA